GAUAAAAAAACGCUCGUUAUUAUGGUAAAAAAUUUUUUAAAAAAACAUGUCGUAUGAAAAAGUUAUGGACGUUUUAAAUCGAUGGGGGAAUUGACAUGUGCCUUGCAUGUGGAGAGAGAAAAUCCAUAAAUAUAGGAUUCCCUUUAUGCCCUUCUAUUAUCUUCUUUUCCCUACAACUAAUCUCAGCCAUCCAAAUCUAAGAUCAACGGACUAGAAUCCUUCUUACACUUCUUAUUUAUUUUAUCCUUUGUAUUUGAUCCUAACUCCCAAUAACAAAAAUCUAUUUUGUUAUAAUGAUAAAUAACUUUUUCAUAAGUCAAGUCAAACAUACCUAAAUCAGGCAAGAUCAUCACAAAGGACGAAUCUAUUAAUGGAAAUUUGAUUCUAGAUAUAAGAUUACCCUAUUUUGGUAUAAUUUAGCUAUGGACUUUGUAUUCAUAUUGUUGGCCAAUUGAGGCAUUCAGAACCGAUUCAUUUAUUCUUGGAUCCAGUAUAUAUCAUAGAAUAUACACCAACUAGAAGGACAAUUACACUACAUGAAAGACCAAUCAUAGUGAAGUUAUGAUUUUAAGUUAAGAAAAUACUUAGACUAAAGGGUAUGGGGGCCGGCUAGGACCGGCGCCGGUCUCCCACACCGCCCCCUGAGGGUCGGCUCGGCCCAAACGGCUCCCCACAGCCGAAUGAGACGUGGCCCCACUUCAAAAAUCUAGCCGUUUGCAACGGCACUUUUCUUUAAAAAAAAAUCAUUUUUCAAUUUAAAUACCCUCUAUCUCAUCCAUUUUUAUACAAUUCUAUCCUAUUCUACUCCCAUUCUUCUCCAAUUCUCUUCAUUUUUUAUAAAAAACACUCCAUAUUUUUUGUACCUUUUUCUCUAAAUCAUGCAUCCUUUCAACCCAAACAACCCCAACCCAAACAACCCCAACCCGAAUAAUUACAACCCGAACCAACCUAACUUUUUUUCGACCCCCGCUUACACUCCGAGUAUGGAUCAAUCGUGGGGGGCUCCGCAAUUUCCUUUUUCGGGUUUCCAACAAACACCCAACGCAUUCUCACAAAUGUCUCAAGUUCAACAACUCCAACAAUACCAAGCGCUACAACAAAUCAUGCAACACAACUCGUUUGAACAACUCCAAUCGCAACCGCCAACUUCCCAACCGGUUCACCUUGACGAUGAUGAUGAUGAAGAAGUCGUCCCCGAAUCGCCACCGCAAGAGCUCAACCGAAAAAAAACAAGGGGAAGGGGAAGAAGGUUGAAAACGUACCCGAAACCGCGCCAAAAAGCGGUUCGAGAGCAAAGGGGAGACCUUGGACGAAAGUAGAGGAGGACGCGCUAGCAAUAGCGUAUGCUAAGUCCUCUACUAACCCGAUAGUCGGAAACAAUCAAACGGGUGAUAGUUUUUGGAAGAAGGCAAAGGCUAAAUUUCAUGAGAUUAUGGGGCAUAGCUCGGAUCGUGAUGUAGAAGCCGUCUCGGGCAAGUCGCGUAAAAUGAGCAAGAUCAUCAAUAACUUUAACGCAAUUUAUAACCAAAUUUACACUUGUCCUCCUAGCGGGAGUAACGAGUCGGACAUUCUUAACCUUGUUAUCGCUAAGUGGGACUCUCAAAAUCCAAAGCCUUUCCCGCACUUCCGAGCAUGGAACGUAGUAAGGAAAGAACAAAAAUGGACGCGGAUUCCAACUGAGGUAGCAACCGCCAAACGGACUAAAACUUCCGAGUCCGGAAGUUAUAGUGCGGGAGGCUCCACCGCUCGUUGUCAAAUCGACAUAAACGACGAACCGGAAGAUGACGAGGACGUGUUGCCCAUUCACGAGGCGGAACGUCCCACCGGGAGGGACAAAGCAAAAAAAGAGGCGGCCAGAAAGCGCAAAGGGGCCGGCUCGGGUGGAGGGGGCGGCUCGGGUGGAGGGGGCGGCUCGGGUGGAGGGGGCGGCUCGAAGGCAUCAACGAAAAUGGACGAGUUGAUAAACGAAUUCCGUUCGUUCAAAGAGUUCGCGGGCCGAAAAAUACACUCACAAGAAAACCGUGUCGGCCGACCAAGCUCGAGCGGAGGAUUUUAGGAUUAUGAGGUUGGAUCUCGACUCGGUUCCGGAGGAGGAACGAGUGGUUUAUCGGAGGAUGAAGGAAGAAGUGAUGAAAAAAUGGACGUCGUAGGUUUUUUUAUUUUUAUUUUUAUGAAAUGUAAUUUUUUAUUUUUA